AUGGUACAACUUAGGUGCACUGCAUGUGAAACAGACGUGAAUGCCUCUGGUGAAUGUAACUGCAAUUACUCUAUUGAGUUUGGAAAUGAACAGGAUAUGGAGAUGUACAAGAAUAAUUUCACUGAAGUAAUCAAAACUUGUAUUAGAUUAAGGGUUCCCACCAUUUCACAAAUAUUCCAAGGAAAUUCCAGUUUCCAUGUUAAUGGGCAAGGCAGAAUUAUUAGGCAAAUGCGUUUAUAUCCUAAUGUUUCAAACUCCAUCGAGAAUGGAACAUCGAGAGAUGAUACAAAUAUAAGUCAUCAGAAUUCUCCCAGACAGCCUUAUACUCUUCCUGUUAGAGUAUUGCUUUGGGGGACUCGAAUAAUGUGGGAUACAAUAAUUGAAAUUGUUGGCCAUGAGCUGAAUUGGCAGCAAAUACUUGAAGACAUUGAAUUGAAUAGAGUACAGUUAGGAUGGCAUUUUUUUGAUUCUGAGGAGCAGAUUGAAGUAUUUGGAAAUUCUUUUGAAGAUUUUGCAUUUAGAGGAACUCCCCCAGCAGCUAGGGGUGCAGUGGACAGUUUAGAGAGACAAACGAUAGAGGAGGAUAGAGAUUUCUUGUGUUGUUUAUGUCAGGCUACUUUGUUGGCUGGUGAAAAAUGUGUGAAAAUGCCUUGUAAUCAUGAAUACCAUGAGGGAUGCAUUUUGCAAUGGCUGGCAACUUCUAACUCUUGCCCAGCCUGCAAAUUUGAACUGCCCACUGAUGACCCAGAUUAUGAAGCACGAAAACAAAGGAGAAGUAGAUAA